AUGCUAGUGCAGUUUGGAGAUAUUAGUGAAGAAACAAAACAAAUAGUUCUCAACGAAGCGAACAGUUUAUCAAAUUUGGACUCAGAUUUUGUGGUCAAAUAUGAAGAUUCAUAUCUUGAGUCCAAUCAUCUCUACAUUCAGAUGGAAUUCUAUUCCCAAAGUCUUCGAACUGUUCUCAAAGACAAAGCCAUUGUCUUCGAGAGACAACCGGACGAACCGAUGAAUGUCUUUGAAUACUUUACUUCGUGUGAAAUAUUCAAAGAACUCUUAGAAUGUGUUGAAUAUCUUCACUCAUCUGAUCCACCGGUCAUUCAUCGAAAUCUAAAACCCGAAAACAUAUUAAUUGAUCCCAACUUUACAUCCAAUCGUUGUGUAAAAGUGUGUGACUUUGGUUUAGCCACUGAUCACAACAUCCAUAGACAGACUGUCAGUCCAUUUGUGCACUCAGUUUGUGGUACUUUUGGAUAUAUAGCGCCCGAAGUACUUAUGGGUAAACAAUAUGACCACAAAUCAGACAUUUAUAGCCUCUCUAUAAUCGGCGAAGAGUUGUUUGGUAUUGAUCUCCAGGAUUGGAAAUUAAUUGAAGCGAAAGAGUUGUCGUUCAAAAAAUGCAUACAAAGCAUAUACGGGACACUUCUGGAUAUGAUGUCAACACCUUUUUGGAGACAAAGGCCUGAGUGUCGGGAAGUGUUGGCCAAACAUAACGAAAGACAAGAAGUGAUGACUGGGAAUGAGUAUCGCAUCGAUUGCAUCACUGAUACGGAUGUCGAGCGUGAGGUCCGGUCGGCGCCCCCGCCGUCACCCGAACUCUUGGGCUUUGAUCUGAUGGUCAGUAUUCAUAGAUUCCUGAAUAGAGCCGUUAGUUUUGGCGAA